AUGUCUACCUUCAAACAAUUUUUUGUGGUCACUUCGAUUCUGGCAAUCUGCGUCGAGAACACAGGCGUCUACGUCGGCAACGGCUACAAAGGCGUAGACAACGAUGGUCCCACUGCCCAUAACACAGGCGUCAGCGUCGGCAACAGCUACAGUGGCAACGGCUCAAAUGGCGGCAUAGGUACUGAUAACAGUGGCGUCAACGUUGGCGAAGGCCACGGUGGCGAUAGCGUUAACGGUGGCACAGGCGGCGUCGGCACCGAAAACAGCGGCAUAAACGUCUCCAACAACUACGGUGGCACCGGAUACAAUCCCGGUG